GCGUUGUUUUGGGUGCACUAUUUACUCAGGACGCUCCUCUAGUGUCCUGGGCAUGUAUACAAGACCAAAUUCAGUUUGGACUGUAGCAGUAAACCCACAGACUGGGUUGAGUCAGGGACAGUCUCAGAUAAUUGUGCUUCUCCCCUGCAGACGGCCGGGCGUUGUCAUCCCUGCAAAGUCCCUGGUUUGCGUUGACCAGUAGAGUUUGAAACGCUGACGCCCUACCAUCCAGAACCCUGCACGUCACCCCAAGCGUGUUCCUCCUGCCUCCUUCGGUUCAAAACCACCCCUCCCGUCACGGGCGGCCCGACACAGUCCUCUUCUGUACCUGAGGCCCUCCCACGAUACGACACCAACGCCUCAUCCUUGCCGUCACCCACUGGGCCUUCCUGGCACCCAAGGCGCCCUACAUCCUACGCCUCCCUGCAGGGACCGGCAUGGAGUGCGGGAGUGUCGAGAAUGGCCUUGUGGGUAGCUGAGAAUGGGCAGGGUGUGCCGCCAAUGCUCACUUUGCCAUCCCCUCCCUGACUGGCACUCCACUCAGGGACAGACAGACCAAGGAAGAACUUGCAGCAGAGCUGGGGCAGCCAAGACAGCCACAGCUCUUCAGCAAGGCGGAUUGAAGCUGUCUCCGUGGACCAUUAUGCUGGAGAUCGACAUCCCUGGCAGUUAUGGUGAGGCGGGAAGAAAGACCCAGGAAAAGGGAACGCGGAGGUCAGACAAGGAGGGAGAAAGCAAAGAUGAAGGGCCAGGCAGACGUAAGUACGGUGGGAACCAAUCCUACCAGUGGCUUUGACGAAAGAACACCCCCAGAGUUACCGUUUUUUUUUUCUUGAGAUUUUAUUUAUUCAUUUUACAGAGAUGAGACACAGCGAGAGAAGAAACACAAGCAGGGGGAGUGGGAGAGGGAGAAGCAAGCUCCCCGCUGAGCACGGAGCCCUAUGCGGGGCUCCAUCCCAGGACCCUGGGAUCAUGACCUGAGCCAAAGACAGAAGCUUAAAGACUGAGCCACCCAGGCCCCCGGCCGAGUUACUCUUUAGGCUACCUGGCCCGCCCAUUAGCAUGCCAUAGAGUCCCAAUCCCGGAACUGACUGGGGCUGUGCCAGUGGUUGUGUGAGCACGGAGGUGGCCUCGGACCUUGGCUCCUUGCUCAUGCCAGGCCAAUGAUCUGUGUGCGGUUCCUCUCUUUUUAGGAGAGGCGGGUCGUUGGGGCGGGGACGAGCCUGCGUGCUGGAUCCUCCUGGGCCGCCUCCUGGCUCCCUCCCGCACCGGGCGGCGAAAGGGGUGGAAGCCUUGUGGACAGCCAUGUGGCAGUGGUUGGAGCACCAGCUAAUGAGUGCAGGGCUUCCCCCGGUGUGACUAAGAAGGGGCCGGGUGAGGUUCCCGGGCGGCGGGGGCCACCCUAUUGAGCGGCUGGCUGUGAAUUUCCCGGUGUCAGCAGCGUGUUCCCAGUGGAACGGAUGAGAGUGUGAACACGAGGUUUGUGGUAGGAGGGAACUCCCGGGAAUGGCCUGGUAGGUGUCAGCGAAGAAAAUGCCACGGUCCAGGCCCGGACGCCACCCCUGAGGAGAUGAAGCAGAGGGCGGGCUCCCGGGAGGGGCGGGGCGGGGCUGGCUGCGGCCACGCCCACCGCCGUGCCGCUGCUUGGACCACGCGGGCGGCUCAGCAUCCUGGGCGUGAGGGGUUGAGGGGGGUGGUAACAUCCCGCCAAGGGCACAUGCGUGCCGGGGGCGCCACCCCCACGCCACCCAGACGCCACGAGUCCCCAGGCUUUUGUGCGCAUGCGUCCGCCAGGCCCCCAUUCUCCGGUAGGUGCCCGCCUCGAAGCGUGGGCGCCAGAGCUUCAACUGCUCGGCGGUUGCCGGCGCCGCGUGCUCGCCCCCCCAGCUCCUAGCUUCCGCGGCUGUCGCGGUUGGGGUCCAAGGCCCCAUGGAGAGCGAGGCGCCGUCCGGGGACGACGGGGCUGCUCCGGAAUCCUUGACCAGCUUAGUCCGCGGAGGGGCCGGUGACGACUCGGGGGCCGGUGGGGAGGCAGGCGCCCGGGCCGAGGCGGGGGCGCCGCAGGCCCUAGGCUGGGGGGCAUAGUGGUAGAGGCUGCGCUGGAGGCUGAACACCGGCAGCGCAGAGGCGAGGCCGCCCCGGGGGAGGAGUUGGUGUUCGUGGCGGAGGAUAUCAUGGCGGUGAUGGAGGUCGUGGCCGUGGAAGACGGGGAGGUGACUCAAGCAGAACAGGACGAGGAGCUGCAGGAGCUGCCGCAGGAAGAGCCAGCCGGGGCCCCGCUGGCCGCGCUGGAGGUUGUGCAGUUAGCGCUGAGCUCUCUGGAUGCCCAAGCUACCAGGGCCUACGUGCGGCACAAGCUCAGGGUGAAUCAGAAGCGGAGUUCUCACCUGGCUCGCCGGAGGGCCAUCAUCCAGUGCAUCCCUGGCUUCUGGGCCCAGGCCAUCCUGAAUCACCCCAAGAUAUCAGCCGUGACGGGUGACCAGGGCAGAGACGUGCUCAGCUACAUGACCAAUUUGGAGGUGGAGGAAUUGUGCCGUCCUAAGUACCGCUGCAGGUUGAUGUUUUUCUUUGAGAACAACCCCUACUUCCAGAACAAAGUGAUCAUUAAGGAGUAUCACCUUAGCAUUGCCGGUAAGAGUGGGCUUGAGCUUCGAGGGUGCUGGGGUCGGGCAGGGGGCCCUUGGGAGCGGAAGGGGAGGUAGGCGGGGGGGGGGGCC